AUGCGGUCCUUUGUUUUUCUUUCGCUCCUGUGCUUCCUGUUCGUGGUAGGAAUUGUCUCCGCCUCGUCGGGACCAGGCGCCGAAGUGCUGUAUGCGCGAGCCGAAGAAACCGGAGCAGACAAGGCCGAAGCAGAAGCCACCCCGACGGCCGAUCAGCCCAAGGAGACCGGCUCCGACAAGGACGACGAGUCGACAUCCAGCGCCGAUAAGACCGACAAGGAUGCGACCACCACAGACACGGAGAAGAGCACUGCUACCGACAAGGACGAUAAGCCCACCCCUACCGACAAGGAAGACAAAGACGACAAGGACGACAAGCCCUCCAAGACCGACAAGGACAAGAAGCCCAAAUCCACCUCGGUCGACCCCCGCAUGCCUGCGGGCGGUGUCUCCAUGCUGACGCCCGACAACCGCGCCACGACUUACUACAAGGUGGGCGACCAUGUGACGUUCGUGUGGAACUACACCUCGCUCUCGGUCACGCCGUCCGCCGUCAACGUCGUUGCGUCCUGCAGUCUGAACAGCGCCACCUACACCAUCUCGGGCAACAUGAGCGUGGAGGAGACGGGCAAGGUCGUCUGGGACACCAAGAAGUACCAGGCCAAUGCCACGGUGCCGCUGUUGACCGCAACCUACACCUUGUUCGUCUACGACAUAGAUGGGGAGCCUGGCGACACGGCCAAGGCCGGACAUCUGGGCUCGCAGAUCGGCUACAACUUCGGGAUGUAUCUGCCGCAGUCCUACACCCCGAUCAAUGAACACGUCUGCGCAACCUGCAACGGCGCCCUCUCCGACACCGAACGAACCGCCCUGAAAUUCGCCGUCGGCAUGGCAGCCAUCACCCUCACCACCUUCACCUGGUUCGCAGGGGACUUUGGCGUCUUCGCCACUUGA